UCUCCGGGAACAGUACCGCUCCAAGCCGCUGGGGGGAGAAGGGAGCAAAAACACACGCAAACUCUAACUAGUACAAAACCGACAGUCGGAACUAAACGUGAAAGAAACAGAGAAAAUAAAAGCGGAGGAGGAGAAACGGAACUCACAGCGGAACAGGUGGAGACUGGAGAGCACAGAUGAAAUUACCUGCCGGGAAAAAUGAAAGUGAACAGAAGUGAUGCACCUGAAGAUUUAGGCCAGAAAAAAAUGAAACCAAGAGGUAAAGGGACAAUCUGAAGCUUUGAUCACAAUGGAUACAAAAAGCAGAGAACAACUGCAGGAGCAACUUGGCGAGUACAUUUUAGACACUCUCAAAUACAUUCAAACAAUCAAAGAAUUCUGUGGCCAAGAAGAAAAAUGGACCCUCCAGAGGGAGACGGAACUCAAGACCAUGAGAGACAUCAAAGAUCGGGCAGAUAAAAUCAGCCUAAGGUUCGACCACGUUCAAAACUCAACAAACAGGGCCAAAGCUUUCGGUGAGUACCUGUGGAGCGGUCUGACCCAGAUCACAGCAGAUUCCAAGAAACAAGAACUGGAGAAAGAGCUGGGGGAAGUUCUCAUGGGUACUUUGGAAGGAAUGAAGAAACUCCAGCGCUUCCUGGAUUCAAUAGAAAUGCUAGCGGUCACCUCACUGUUUGUUUUCUCGAGUCAAAGCUUUAUGCCAAACGGUGUGACUGCUGCCAGUGUUCGGUCAGUGAUCUCUAAUGCCAGAAGGGUAUCGCCUCUGCUCAUCCACUUCAAGAGAGAUGCAGAAGCUUUCUUCCUGCCAAGCCUCAGCAAUGUGGAUGUCUUGGCCUUCCAGCUGGACAAAUACAUCAGCAUUACUCAGCAGCUCUGUGAGAAGAUCGAGAAAUUAUCCAGGGGUGUAUCAGGUUCUGGAAAUGGCUAUAAAUGGAAGAAUGGAAACACUUCACUGAAGUUCACCUUGAGCAUAAGUGAGGAAUCGGUACAAAAACUGUCUGAUCAUCUGACUCAGCUAAACAAAAUUAGGGCGGACGAGUCGCUCAGGCUGACCUUUCUGUUUGAUAAGGAGGCACAACGCUUGAUUGGUUUGUUCAGUCAGCGCUCCUCCAGAAUGUUUCAGUUCCUCUCUGAUUUAGAGGAGACGGCAGUUCAGCUGGACAGGAUGAAAAUGGGCUCCAACAUCUCCACCGUGGCUGGGAGUUCAGUAGGCAUUGCAGGGGGUGUGUUGUCCAUCGUAGGUUUGGCCCUUGCUCCUGUCACAGCGGGUGUAUCUUUGGCCCUGACGCUGACUGGCGUCGGGCUUGGAGUCACCAGUGGUGUCAACAGCUUAGUCACAAGCGUCACUGAACUUGCAGUAAACAGUCAUCAUGGAAAAAAUGCCAACAACAUCUUCAUCAAAUUCAUGGAGGAUUUACAGAAGCUUUUAGAAUUUUCAGAACAAGUGGCCAGCAGUGAGAAACCUGAAGUGGGUCCCAAUGUAGUUAUCACGGCUCUCGAAUCUGGCAAAGCAAUAGCUCGGGCUGGAGUAGUAGCCAAAAGUAUUGAUGCUCUAGUUGAUGGAGCUUCAGCUAUAAAGGCUCUCAAAAGUGAGGAAGUGGUUGUAAUGGCAGCUAACCUUGGACUUCAAGAAGCCAAAGCAGUUCGGAACAUCCCCAACCUUGCUGCAGACCUACCUGACAUUGGACAGGCGGCUAAAGGUACUCCUCUGGCCCUGUCCAAGUCAGCUAGGGCUGGAUUCAUUACCUUGAAUGCCCUCUUCAUUGGGCUAGAUGUUCUGUUCAUCUGUAAAGAUAGCAUUAGCCUGGCCAAAGGAAGCAAAAAUGAGGCGGCUCAGCUCAUCCGGGCCAGAUCCGUCCUGUGGCGUGCCGAGGUGGAGGCAUUGGAGAAGGUCAGUAACCACCUGUGCAAAGGGAUUUGGAAGUUUCGCGCGAGCCAGGCCAUCCUGGAGCAACCCUUUCACCUUUAAAGACGACCAAAAUAUUCACACAGCAGGACAUAAAUCAAAAAAGCAAAAUAAUGUUUCUAAAUCACUGAAUGAUUUUAAUGAAAAUCGUACAAAUGUGUUUAGAUAAACAAUAAUCUGAUUAAUUCAUGUAUUUGUUUGUACAUAUAUUACAUUCUAUUAUUGCUGAGUAUUAUAAACCUGUUUAAUAUUGGUGAAGCUUCUGGUGCUUUACUUGGUGAGUACUUUUUCACACCAGAGCUAAUUAUAGGUAUUUAAGUGGAACAGUAACUUGUCAAUGAGGUGCUUAAUCUACUGUGUAAAAUCUUUCAGUUGUGAAACCAUUGCAUUGUUUAUAUUUACCCUUUUAUUACUUUGUGAAAGUCCUGCCUAUUUCACCUCAUUAUGU